AAGCGGCAGAAGCACAGCUCCUGAAGAGUGCGGGCUCGGACCGGGCGGGGUGGGGCAGGGUGGCCGCGUGGAGGCGGGCUUGGCCUCAGAACUCAGGUGUUUUUUAUUUAUGCGUCGGACUCUUAAUUGUUUAAUAAAGUUGUGGAAAUGAGCCACGCGGCCCCGGGCGCCUCCCCGCGAGGCUUCCUUUCUCCUCCAAGGACCCGCUUGUCGCAGCGCUGGCAGCCAUUGGACCGGAGGGCGGUGAAUGGGGCCGAGCCCGCUACCGCGCAUGCCCUGAGCGGGACCCCGCCUCCCUGUCCCGCGCGGCUCGCGGGUCGCGUUCUGGGGUUGGAUUCGCUGGUUCCCUUGGCGUCUGCUGUUGCUGCGGCCGCGGGGCGCCCUGGGAUAGCGGCGGGCUGGCCUGAUCUUGGCCCUUUCCAAGCACUCCUGAUGCCUCAUUUGCCUUUGGCCUCUUUUCGAUCACCAUUCUGGGGGCUGAGGCCCUCACAGGGCCUCCCCAGGUUCCAUCCUCUCUCUACCCACUCAAAGCCCUAUGGAUCCUCCAUCUCCCGGAGGAACCAUGAAGCCAAACAGAAGCGCCAGCGAGAGAAGCAGGCGGCGCUGGAGGCUGGGCUAGUCCGAAAGAGCAAGUCAGCUGCAGAAUCCAGUAAGGCCUGGACUCCCAAGGAGGUGGUGGUGUAUGAAAUCCCCACGCAACCUGGUGAAAAGAAAGAUGUCUCCGGGCUCCUACCUCCUGCAUACAGCCCUCGGUAUGUUGAGGCUGCCUGGUACUCUUGGUGGGUGCGAGAGGGCUUCUUCAAACCAGAGUAUCAGACCAAGCUGCCCCAGGCUACAGGGGAGACCUUUUCCAUGUGUAUCCCACCUCCCAAUGUCACCGGCUCCCUACAUAUCGGGCAUGCACUGACGGUGGCCAUACAGGAUGCCCUGGUGCGCUGGCACCGGAUGUGUGGGGAUCAGGUGCUGUGGGUCCCUGGCUCAGAUCACGCAGGAAUUGCCACACAGGCUGUGGUGGAGAAGCGACUGUGGAAGGAGCGAGGAGUGAGGAGACAUGAGCUGAGCCGGGAAGAAUUCCUUAGGGAGGUGUGGAAGUGGAAGGAGGAGAAAGGUGGAGAGAUCAGUGAGCAGCUCCAAGCUCUGGGGGCCUCCCUAGACUGGGACCGAGAGUGCUUCACUAUGGAUGCUGGCUCCUCGGUGGCUGUGACUGAAGCUUUUGUGCGACUCUACGAGGCAGGGUUGUUGUACCGGAGCCAGCAGCUUGUCAACUGGUCCUGCACUUUAAGAUCAGCCAUCUCAGAUAUUGAGGUGGAGAACCGGCCCCUGCCUGGCCGCACGGAGCUUCGACUGCCUGGCUGCCCCACCCCUGUGUCUUUUGGCCUCCUCGUUUCUGUGGCCUUCCCUGUGGAUGGAGAGCCUGACGCAGAGGUUGUGGUGGGAACCACAAGGCCAGAGACAUUACCUGGAGACGUGGCUGUGGCUGUUCAUCCUGACGACUCCCGACAUGCGCAUCUGCAUGGGCGACAGCUUCGUCACCCCUUGACCGGGCAGCUUCUCCCCCUCAUCACAGACUCUGCUGUUCAGCCACAUGUGGGCACAGGGGCAGUGAAGGUGACUCCAGCGCAUAGCCCUGCAGAUGCUGAGCUGGGGGCCCGGCACGGCUUGAGCCCCCUGAGUGUCAUCGCAGAGGAUGGGACCAUGACCUCCCUCUGUGGGGACUGGCUACAGGGUCUUCACCGAUUUGUGGCCCGGGAAAAGAUUAUGUCUGCGCUGACAGAGCGGGGCCUGUUUCGGGGCCUCCAGAACCACCCCAUGGUGCUUCCUAUUUGCAGCCGUUCUGGGGACGUGGUUGAAUACCUGCUGAAGAGCCAGUGGUUUGUCCGCUGUCAGGAGCUGGGGGCCCGAGCUGCCCAGGCUGUGGAGUCAGGGGCUCUGGAGCUCAGUCCAUCCUUCCACCAGAAGAACUGGCAGCACUGGUUUUCCCACAUCGGGGACUGGUGUGUCUCCCGGCAGCUGUGGUGGGGCCAUCGGAUUCCCGCCUACCUGGUGGUAGAGGAGCACACGAAGGGUGAUAAGGAGGACUGUUGGGUGGUCGGGCGGACAGAGGCUGAGGCCAGAAGAAUAGCUGCAGAACUGACAGGGAAACCAGGAGCAGAGCUGACCUUGCAGAGGGAUCCUGAUGUCCUGGACACAUGGUUCUCUUCGGCUCUUUUCCCCUUUGCUGCCCUGGGCUGGCCCCAAGAGACCCCAGACCUUGCUCGUUUCUACCCCCUGUCACUUUUGGAAACGGGCAGUGACCUUCUUUUGUUCUGGGUGGGCCGCAUGGUCAUGUUGGGGACCCAGCUCACAGGGCAGCUCCCCUUCAGCAAGGUGCUUCUUCAUUCCAUGGUUCGGGACAGGCAGGGCCGGAAGAUGAGCAAGUCCCUGGGGAAUGUGUUGGACCCACGAGACAUCAUCAGUGGGGUAGAGCUUCAGGUGCUGCAGGCAAAGCUGAGGGAUGGGAACUUGGACGCCACAGAACUGGUGACCGCGGCUGCGGCGCAGAGAAAGGACUUCCCUCAUGGGAUCCCUGAGUGUGGGACAGAUGCCCUGCGAUUCGCCCUGUGCUCCCACGGGGCCUUGGGGGGCGAUUUGCACCUGUCUGUCUCUGAGGUCCUGAGUUCCCGGCAUUUCUGCAACAAAAUCUGGAAUGCCCUGCGCUUUAUCCUCAAUGCCUUAGGGGAGAGAUUCAUACCCCAGCCUGCAGAGGAGCUGGUCCCCUCGUCCCCCAUGGAUGCCUGGGUCCUGAGCCGUCUUGCCCAUACUGCCCAAGAGUGUGAGCGCGGCUUCCUGGCUCGAGAGCUUUCACUCAUCACGCAUGCCCUGCACCACUUCUGGCUACACAGCCUCUGCGAUGUCUACUUGGAGGCUGUGAAGCCAGUGCUGUCGCACUCGCCCCGUCCCCCAGACCCCCCUCAGGUCCUGUUCUCCUGUGCUGACGCCGGGCUCCGCCUCCUCGCCCCACUGAUGCCCUUCCUGGCUGAGGAGCUGUGGCAGAGGCUGCCGCCCAGGCCUGGCGGCAACUCUGCCCCUAGCAUCUCUGUUGCUCCCUACCCCACUGCCCGCAGCCUGGGGCACUGGCAUCAGCCGGAGCUGGAGCAGCGCUUCUCCCGGGUCCAGGAGGCUGUGCAGGCACUGAGGGCUCUCCGAGCCACAUACCAGCUCACCAAGGCCCGGCCCCGAGUGCUGCUGCAGAGCUCAGAGCCUGGAGAGCAGGGCAUCUUUGAGGCCUUCCUGGAGCCCCUGGGCACCCUGGGCCACUGUGGGGCCGUGGGCCUCUUACCCCCAGGUGUAGCGGCGCCCUCCGGCUGGGCCCAGGCCCCGCUCAGUGACACCGCCCAGAUGUACAUGGAGCUGCAGGGCCUGGUGGACCCCCAGACCCAUCUGUCUCUGCUGGCUGCCCGAAGACACAAGUUGCAAAAGCAGCUUGAUGGCCUCAUGGCCUGGACCCCAUCAGAGGAAGAGGCAGAGACUAAGAGGCAGCAGAGGCUUUCUUCCCUCCAGUUGGAAUUGUCGAAGCUGGACAAGGCGGCCUCUCACCUCCAGCAGCUGAUGGAUGCAUGUCCCAGCGCCGGGGAGCUCUGAGCACCAGCUCACUAUCCCUGGCGGUUUUGUCCUCCCCCAGACCUGCCUUCGAGGACAAACAGAUCUGGCAACUGUCGGGGCAUGAUGGGGCCUCUGAGACCAUGUGGCUCACCUCCCUCAUUUCAUAAAUGAGGAAACAGACUGGCUUGGUCGGUGUCACUGGGUGUCCUCAAGAUACUUACGUCCCUGCCCAGCCUCCCUCCUAUGCAGUCCCACCUGGAAGUUUAGGAAUGAGAUAAACCUUUAAAAUCUCAAAC